GGGCGUUAGCGCGGGAGCGACGAGUUCAGGCCAGACGGCGGCUCGUCUUCGUGCGCGGAGGGCAAGACAGGGGAGGGCAGGGGACGGGGGGACCCCCGCCCCCCUCCUCCACGCAACCUGCUGCUGCCGAGCCUGGGCGGCCGCGGCCGCGAGCCUCGCCCGAGGGGCGGGGCAGCCGCUGCAAGUCGGCUUUGCACCCGCCGCCCCUUCGGAUGGGGGUCUCUCGGCCUGCCCGGACCGCCCCUGGGAUGCCCUGAGGUGCCGCUGAGUCGGCGGAGCGGGCGGGGUAGCUGCUCCUUGAGCAACAGACGCCGAAUCGCCGGGUGGGGGUUCCGGACGGUCUCUGCGCCUCGCCAAGAAGGUGCGGGCCCAGCCAGGCGCUCAGCUGGGACUCGAAGCCUCCCGAGCAAAGCAGACGGUGGAAGCCGCGCGGGGCUCUUCCCCGCUUGAGCAGCCAUGAGCCCCCAUGGCCUGGGGCAAGGGAAACGCCACCCGGCCUCCAGCCUGUCCGGUUCCGCCCCUUAGAGGCUGGUGGCUGCUGCGGCUGCUCCUCUGGUUUGAGCGGCAGCCCGGCCCCUUCCUGCCCGCUGGCCAUGGGCAACUCUGUCAGCAGGCCCAGCUGCCUGGGGGAGAAAAGCCCCAGACCAGAAGACCUCUUGAAGGAGCCCAGCUCGGCCACCCUGAACAAGGAGGAGGAUGGCGCAGGGUCCCCAGAGAAGGUUUGCCUCAGCCCACAGGUGAUCGAGAAUGGCUGGAACGUGGCCCUGGAGGGGGCUGCAAAGAGCAGCCCCCUUCCCAAGCAAAACAAUCUGGACCUUAAGCUGCGGAAUUGCUGCCCCCUCCAAACUCAAAAGGAGGGAGCCGUGGCCCCCUGGACCUCGCCCAAGAGUUUGGGGGCCAGCUGGGACUGGAAGUUGCGCACCAGCAGGGAGGUGACGGAAGUGACGGAAGUGACGGAGACAGUGGUGACUGAGAUCGUGGAAGUGACCGAGUACCCCGGUGGGGACAAGGUGACCAGGAUGGUGAAGGUGCUGGCUGAUGUCCGAGAAGCCCUGCCCCAGGCAGCUGCCCUCCCAGGAGGCAUGCAGGGCGCUGGGCUGACCCUAGAGACCGCAGGGAAACUGGGUGCCUGGGUCAGUGAAGUGGAGGCCCUCAUGGGCCACCAGAAACCUCCUUCGGGGGAAGCCAAGGUUGUGAAGGCGCAGCUGCAGGAGCAAAAGCUUUUGCUGCGUCUGCUGGAGGAGCGCAUCCCACACAUCGGCUGCCUUUGCCAUCCACUCUCUGCUGAGCCUGCCGGUGCUGCCGAGGGACUGGAGCAGCCCAGGGGCCUCGCCAGCCUUCAGGAGAAGUGGGCGAUCCUGGUCCAGGAGGCCGAAGCCAGGCACAGCUGCCUGCAGCAAAUUGUCCCUGCUGCCAGUGUCUUCCAGGAGUUGGUUGAGGCUUUCCAAGACUGGCUGAGCUUGACAGAGCAGAAACUGGCCCAACUCUGGGGAGCCCCUGGGAGCCUAGCACAAAGCCAAGAUGCCCACCAGCAGAUUCAGGAUCUGCGCAGGGAAGUUCAGUCCAAGCCAGCCGAACUGGAAGAGGUCCUGGAAUGUGGAAGGCGGCUCUUGGAGAUGGUGCCAGGAGAAGAAGGGCGGCUUGUCCAGGGCAAGAUGGACUCCCUGCAGCUAAGGCUGCUGCUGGUGGACCAGAGGAGCAGCGACACCCUGCAGCGAAUGGAGCAGAUCUUGGAGGCCUCUUCCCGCCUGGACCCUGCCCAGGAGGACCUGGGCCUCAGACUACAGCCCCCAGAAAAGGAGCAGCGCUUGCCAGGCAGCCAGGCAGGAGAUGGGCCCUGCCCCCUGCCCCCUGCAGGCAGAGAGAAGCGCCUUUCCGCAGAGACCCUUCGCCAUCAGGACCUGGUAGAAAGGCCAGUGGCGGUAGCUGAUCCGCUGCUCAGCCUCUGCCCCACAGACCUCCAGGAGGGGCUGCAGCUCUUGGUGACGGCCCUGCAGGAGGGCAUGGAGUCCCUUGGCCAGCAGAGCCCAGCCUGCACCCUGCAGCUGGCACAAGGGCAGCUGCUCCUGGCUCAGCACGCGGAGGUCCAGGCGGAGCUCAGCCAGUGGCUGGAGGAGGCCCAGCAGGCAGUGGUGGCUUUCUCCCCUGGCAGCAGCAUCAUCAGCUGUGAUGCCUUCUGGGAGCAGCAGGAGGCACUAGAGGGUCUGCGGGAGGCCAUUGCUGAGCAAAAGCCUCUGAUGGGGAAGCGCAUCACCACGUGGCUGGCCGAGCUACGUCCGCGGGAGGUGGUGCUGCUCUGGCAGAGGCUGCAGACGGCCAAGGAGCGGUACGGCAGCCUCCGAGAGCAGGCCCAACAGGCUGCAGUCAUUUUGUGGGAGGUCCUCCCACAAUACAGCCAGCAGCUGUCUGAGCAGCUGGAGCUGGUGGCUGGGAGUCUGGAAUGGCUGCAGGACUGCAAACGGCACCCUCUUGCUCUGCGGGGAGACCCCGUCUGGCUCCGGGAACAGCUCUGGGAGAACAGCCUGAGGCUGGCGGAGCUGGAAAAGAUGGCCCUGGCCCUCGAGACCCUCCUUGAACAGGGGGCAGAGCUUCAAGCCACCCUGCAGAGCACCGCACACCCAGUCAUCCAGGAGCACAUGCAGGAUCUGCGGAGUCAGUGGCAGCUGCUGUGGCAGCUGGAGAAAGACCGCGAAGCCUCCCUGCAGGAACUCCUGGCCCUGGCCGCACUGUUCUGGCGUGGUCUGGCCAAGCUGGCCGGGGCUCUCAGCAACACCCAGCGGAUAGUACUGGACCUGGAAGACACCGUGGCCUCCAGUCCGAAGGAUAUCCAGGCCAAGCUGGUGGCCAUGCAGGUGCUGCGGAAGGAUGUCCUGUCUCAAACAAUGACAAUGCAGGCCAUACAGGAGGCCGGCUGGUGUCUGCCCAGUGAUGGCAGCGGGGCCUGUGCAGAUGCCCUGCAGGGCAGCCUCCAGCAGAUCAGCCACCGGUGGAGCCAGGUCCUGACCAAGACGGAGCACUGUCAGCUGGCUCUGGAGCACAACCUGAACCAGGUGCGGGAGGUUUCCCUGGAGGCGGCUGGGCUGGUGCAGUGGUUGGACCAGGUGGAGUUGCAGCUCUUCUCUUCCAAGUCCAUGUGGAACCCCUCUGAAGCCAGCAAGGACAAGCUGGCGGUACUCUUGGCAGUGAUGGGGAACCUCACCUGGGUGGGUCUUGUGGUUGGGCAGGAACUGUGCGAAGAGAUGGAGUCCAAGCAGCAAACGUACCAGCAAGUCCAGGAGAAGCUCCAGCUUCUGCUAGCCGCCUGUCAUCCAAACGGGGCUUCUAUGGCUGAGCGCAGCCUGAGGGUCUUGGAGCGGAAGUGGGGUGGCCUCACCAGCCACCUGCAAGAGCAGAAGAAGCAGCUCCUCCAAAGCCCAAAUAUGGCCACUGAGUUCCACGCCACCCUCCAGGAGCUCCUUCAGUGGAUCAAGCAGACCGAGGAGGCUUUGGCAGCCCUGCCUCUUCCCAGCUACAUCCUGGACACAGUCAGCAAACAGAGGCAGCAGCAGCAGGCCUUGGCACAGGAGACGGAAACCCAGAGAAAGAAGCUGGCAGAGAUGGAGGCGGGAGCUGCCUGCCUGACCCAGGACAACGGAGAUCCUUGCAGCCAGAUGGGCAGUACCAAGGAGUGGCUGGCCAAGGUCCUGCAGCAAGUGAGCAAGAGUGGGGAGGUGCUGGAAGAGGCCCACCAGCAGGCCAAGCAGGAAUUCCAGAGUCGCCUGUGGGCCAAGCGUCCCAUCCUUGAGGCCGCCCUGCAGCAGGGGGGUCUCCUACGUGGCAAGGCUCUCCUCCCUGCCGAUGGCCAGGAGCUGCAUGCAAUGCAGAAGGAGCUGAAGGAGCACUGGACGGCUCUGUGCAGCUGGGCAGCCGAGAGGCCGCAGAAGCUGGAGGAGCACCUGCUGUUCUCCGGCUGCUUUGGCGAUGCCCUUCAGCGCCUUCUGGACUGGCUGUGUCGGGCCGAGCCCCAGCUGGCUAAGGAGACACCUGUGGCUGGGGACAGAGAUCUGGUGGGCACACUGAUGGAGCAGCAUAAGGCUUUCCAGACAGAGCUGGGCUGGCGGGCAGUGAAUGUCAGGAGGCUGAGGUGCUCUGCACGUGUGUUGGAGCAAGGUGGGAGCAGCGUGAACACCCGGUGGCUGCAGAUCCAGAUGGAGGAGCUGGAAGACCACUGGGAACUCAUUGGCCGGCUCUCCGUCUCCCAGCAGAACCGGCUGGAGGUGGCCCUGAGGCAGGCAAAGGAGUUCCACCGCCUGCUGUGUGCCUUCCUGAGCCGUCUGUCCAGCCUGGAGAAGUCGGUCAUGGAUGGGGCAACCCUAGAGGAGGAGGACGCGGACGCGGCCAUGGCCAGGGGCCAGAGCCAGCUUGAGGAGGUGCAGCAGAGCGUGCAAUGCCAGCAGCUGGAGCUGGACUGCAUCAGAUCUGUGGGUGAGGAGAUCGUGAGCACCUGCCACCCCAGUGCUAUGGGCACCGUCCAGUCCUGGGUCACCCUUGCCAAGACCCGCUUCCAGCAGCUCUGCAGCCAGGUCCAGGAACAGGAGCAGCAGCUGCAGGCCCAGGCGGCUUCUCUGGCUGCAGACCAGGAGGAGGCAGAGCGGCUCAGUGCCUGGAUCACAGCCGCCGAAGAGGCCUUGCGCCUGCGGGACCAGGAGCCCCUCCCAGAGGAUGCCGGGCAGCUGGAGAAACUCGGAUGCCAACACACAGUCUUCAUGCGGGAGUUGGACCACAAACAGUCGGAGGUAGAGAAGGUGGCCAAGAGCAGCAGGCAGAAAAGAACGGCACAACUGGGGCUCACUGCUUCUUCCUGCAAACGGUCUUCUGGUUGGCAUGGUGCCAGCAGAAGUUUGCCCCAUCCCUCCUUUGUGCCCCUGGAAGACCUGGAGCCCCAGAACCCACUCCUAGCCCAACUGGUGCACCGCUGGCAAUGCCUCUGGCUGGCAGCUCAGGACCGGCAGCAUCGGCUCCAGAGUUCUCAGCAGCGCCUUCAGGAGCUGGAAGAAAUGACUGGCUUCGACUUUGCUGUCUGGCGAAAACGGUACCUGCAGUGGAUCAGCCACAGGAAGUCCCGGGUCCUGGACAUCUUUCGUAGCAUUGACCGAGACCAAGAUGGGCGCAUCACCCAGAAGGAGUUUGUUGGGCAUGUCCUGGCCUCCAAGUUCCCCACCAGCCUGCCGGAGAUGAAAGCAGUGGCCAAAAUCUUUGAUGUGAACAGGGAUGGUUUUAUUGAUUAUUAUGAAUUUAUCAGUGCUCUGCAUCCCAGCCGGGACAUCCUGCACAGGGUGGCCAACAUGGAGCACAUCCAAGAGGAGGUGAAACGACAAGUGGCUGAGUGCAACUGUGUGAAGCGUUUCCAAGUGGAGCAAAUCAGCGCCACCCAUUACAGAUUUGGGGAAUGCCAGCAACUGCGCAUGGUCCGGAUUCUGCGAAGUACUCUGAUGGUGCGAGUCGGGGGAGGCUGGACGGCUCUGGACGAGUUCCUGGUGAAGAACGACCCCUGCAGAGUCAAGGGAAGGACCAACCUGAAGAUCAAUGAAAGAUACCUCUCCCCGGGACUUCUGGGGCGGAAGGGGGCAGGCAGCCAAUCUGCCCCUGCUUCCAAGAUAAUCUCCCCUAGCUGCUCCACCUCCAGUCUCAGCUUGUACAGCAGUGCCUCUGCACCCAGCAGCCCUGUCCUGAGGAAGACUUUACUGCGCCAGGCACGCUCAAGGGAUCGGUGCCUCCAUUCUUGCAGUCCUGCUGGGGCAACCAGGGAGGCCGAGCUGGCCUUUGCUGCUGGAGCAGCUGGGCCUGAUGCUGAGCCCUCAGCCGGGCUCCUCUCGUCUCCAACUGGGCCUGUUAUCAGACUCCGAGUCUGAUAAUGAAGAUGAACGGCCUGUCAUGCCUCCAGCCCCCGGCCCUGGCCCCAUGUCCAGAGAGGAUGCCAGGAGUGAACGAACAAGCCCGAUAAACCUCACUCAUACGGCGUGUGUUCCUUUGGCUCAGCCGUCAGAGGAAGCCAGCCAGAUGCUGGAAUUACUGACAGCAGAUCCAGCUGAAGACACUUCAGUGUGGGAGGACCCUCGCUUCCAGAGAUCUGAGAGGCGACGCCAGCAGAAGGAGGGGUGGGGCAGGCCUGGAUAAAUGCUGAGUCAUGGAGCCAUAUCCCACAGCCUAUAUAAAGGACCUGCUUUUGGCAUUCCAACCUUGAGUCAAGCAAAGUCUCAUCGAGUUUGCUGAUACCGGACCCUAUCGCUGAAGUCACAACUUGGACUCCUGCCUGCCCUGAUAAACCUCGAAGGGACUUGGCAAGCUGCAGAGGCUUCGUUGCCAAGUUUGCCAUGGACUUCCUUGACUCGUGCGUCGGAGUUGGGGGAGUAGAACAUGACAAAACCCUACUCUGAAGUUCCCUGGGUUUUCCCCACCUAGUUCACAAUCCAAAGUUCUUUCCCCCAUCACACACAACCAUCACAUGCCCCAAUCAAGUCUCUCUUCCCAUUCCAGAUGCCUCCCAUCCAGGCCCCUCCAGGUGCUGAUGAGUGUCCUUGGUUAUUUUGGCUACAUAUUUCCCCAACUAUCUCUACUCCCCCCUCCCUUUCCCACAACUCCAUCCAGCUUUGCUGUGGCAACCCUGAAGACGCUCAAAGAUGGCUUUCGUCUCAGCCUGCCCUUGGAGCCUAGCUCCCUGCCUCUUUGGGUGGGGGUUUCGCAAGCCAAGAAGAGCCCCAGAGAUCCCUGGGGCCGAAGACUGCAGUAGAGGUGUCUGUAAGGAGGGCGGGUGCCUGCAACAGGUGGAGGACCUUGGGCAGUGAGACGGUAGGUGGGGUGACGGGUCCCCGAGGUUGCCUCUGCCCGCUGCUGCAAGCAGAGUUCCGAAGCCUGGGGAGAGAGUGGCCUCCGCCCUGAUGCCUGAGCAAUCCCUGCAUGGCCUGACAGGCUUCACAGUGCCUCACAACAAGCCUCACACCUCGGCCUGGAGACUCUUGGACCCCAGAAUUUGGCUCCUAAUUGGGAUUAGGAGGCUGGCCAAGAGCGCGCACACAGACACACCCUGUCCCCUGUGCCAGGAAUGGGAGCAGGCCCUUGGCCGGGGCAGUUAGCCACAGCCUCCCUGGCUUCUUUCAGCACCCUCCCCCUGCUCCCCUCUCCAACUGAUUCUGCCACUGACAUCAUUGCAGCAGAAGGGGGCAAGAUGGGUACAUCUUGGGUAAAAUCUUGAUCUGCCGCCUAUGGCUCAAAGUUGGAGUGCAGAAGAGCCUAGCACUCCAGCAGAGCCCUGGCCCCUUGUCCUGCCUGAACAGCCCUGGAAUUAGAAAAGGGCCCAGACGGACUGCCAGUUGAAUACUACGUGACCUUUCAAGAACAACUGGGUCUCCCAUUUUUAGAGAUUAUGAAUGAAGUGAUGCAGAAAGGGAAAAUAUCUGAGACCUGGAUAGAGGCUUAUAUUACUCUGAUUCUGAAAGAGGACUCUGACUUAAAUCAAGUUAAAAAUUACAGACCUAUAUCCCUGUUGAACUCAGACUAUAAAAUAUUUGCUUUAAUACUUGCAGAACGUCUUAAAAGAUAUUUGAAUGAAUUUAUACAUUUGGAUCAAAAUGGAUUUCUGCCUAAAAGACAAAUUAGGAAUAAUAUGAGAAUAGUCUUGGAUACCUUAGAAUAUUAUGAGGCCCAUCCCAAAAAACAGAUGGUGUUGAUCUUUUUAGACACACAAAAAGCAUUUGACAAUGUUAAUUGGCAUUUUAUUUUCCUACAAUUGAAGCAAAUGGGUUUCGGUGAAAGAUUUAUUAAAGCAAUAGAAACUAUAUACUAUAAACAGUUAGGCAAGAUGAUAAACGGUGAAUUGACGGAUGCGAUUCGAAUUGAAAAAGGUACAAGACAAGGUUGCCCACUGUCACCGCUGCUGUUUGUGUUGAUUUUGAAAGUAUUGAAUAGCAAUAUUAGAGAGGAAGGGGGAAUAAAAGUCAUGAAAAUUCAAAAGGAAGAAUAUAAAUUUCAAGCUUUUGCUGACGAUCUGGUUUUUAUUAUUGAGGAUCCUUUAGAAUUCAUAACCUGUUUGUUAGAAAGAAUUGAUGAAUAUGGGAAAGUGGCAGGCUUGAAAAUUAAUAGAGACAAAACGAAAAUUUUGACAAAAAAAUAUGUUGACAAAGCAAAAAAAUGAGUUGGUAGAAUAUUCUGGGAUGCAGAUUGCAAAUAAAGUUAAAUAUUUGGGGGAUAUAUCUUACCCCAAGGUGUAGCACUUUAAAAGAAAAUAACUAUGGUAAACUCAAACAGCAGAUUCUGGCAGAUUUGACUAAGCGGGAACAUCUACAAUUGUCUUUGUUGGGAAGAAUAUCACCAAUGAAGAUGAAUAUAUUACCUACAAUUCUGUAUUUGUUUCAGACUAUACCUAUUAAAUUGACCAGAGGGUACUUUGAGGAGCUGAAUAAAGCAAUGCUGAAGUAUAUCUGGCAAGGGAAAAAAGCAAGGAUAAAAAUAAAACUAUUACAACACAAGAGAAUUAGAGGCAGUUUUUGGGAACCAUAUUAUCAAGCAGCGAAUUUGAUGUGGAUUAAAGAAUGGAUAACCCUAAAAAAUAAUAGAAUAUUGACUGUGGAAGGCCAUGAUUUGUUGUUGGGAUAGCAUGCCUUUUUAUGGUAUGAACAAGCUAAAUCACAGGGCUAUUUUAGAAGACAUAUAGUCAGACAAACGUUGUUAAAUUGGGAAAAGAUUAAGAAAAGUCACUUCUUAAAAAUUCCAAUGUGGGUUUCACCUAUUGAGGCAUUCUCUCACUCAAUAACAUUUAAAAAGGAACAUAUUGUUAGGUAUAAUGAACUGAAUGAAAAGGGUGAGUUAAAAUCUAAAUUAGAAUUAGAGGCAGAGGGUAUAACAAUGAACUGGUUUGCAUACUUGCAAAUACAAUCCAGAUAUGACAAUGAUGUUAAAACAGAAGGCUUUUAUAAUAACGAGUUUUGAUGAGAUCUUAACAGGUUCAGAUGACAACCUGAUAAAGAAAUUGUAUGGAUACUUUUUAGAGGUGAAAUUAGAGGAAGAACAAGUUAAAGAGACAAUGAUUGCUUGGGGGAGGAAUUUUGGUCAUGGGAUAGACCUAGAUGAUUGGCAGAAAUUGUGGAUGUAUAAUUUUAAAAUGACGAUGUUUACAGCAUUCAAACAGAAUUUGUAUAAGAUAUUUUACAGAUGGCAUUUACCCCCGACAAGAAUUGCUAGAAUGUCCAAGGACAAAUCUGAAAAAUGUUGAAAAUGUCAUCAGAUACCUGGAUCAUAUUACCACAUGUGGUGGACAUGCAUUGAAGCUAAAAGAUAUUGGACUAAAAUACACACGUGGUUGGAAAAAAUGAUCAAAAAGCAUAUUGACUUUAAGCCAGAAAUAUUUCUGUUGGGAAUUAUACCGGAGAUAUAUACUAGAGAUAUAAAAUAUUUGAUUGUGAAUAUUAUUACAGCAGCUAGGAUUGUAUUUGCAAAAAAUUGGAAAAAUGAAAAGUUACCUUCGCAAGAUGAAAUAAUUAUGUGCAGAGAUCAGUAAAUUAACAUUUGAAAUUAGAGAACAAGAAGAUAAGCAAUAUUAUAAAAUAUGGGAUUUAUUCUAUAACUCUAAAAAUGAGUAUAAGAUAUAUGUAUGAAAGAGAUGAUUAUUUUAUGAAUAUAUGUAUGAAAUACAUAUUACAUAUUCAUAUUAUUUUAUGAAUAUAUGUAUGAAAGAGAUGAUUAUUUUAUGAAUGCACAGGAAGAUAUGUUAACACCCAUGCAGCACGUUGUAAUGGAAG